CAGAAGCUUGAUGCAAAGAUUGCGGUUGCAGCACAAAACCGUUAUAAGGUGCCAAAGGGAGCUUUCACAGGAGAGAUCAGCCCAGCAAUGAUAAAGGACAUCAGAGCCACUUGGGUGAUCCUGUGCCACUCAGAGAGAACACACGUUUUUGGGGAGUCUGAUGAGCUGAUUGGGCAGAAGGUGGCCCAUGCCCUGGCUGAAGGUCUUGGUGUCAUCACCUGCAUUGGAGAGAAACUGGAUGAGAGAGAAGCUGGCAUCAAAGAGCAGGUGGUUUUUGAACAGACCAUGUUAUCAACAAUCACUUUGAAGGACUGGAGCAAGGUGGUUCUUGCCUAUGAGCCAGUUUGGGCUAUUGGAACUGGUAAAACUGCAACUCCCCAGCAGGCUCCAGAGCGUCAUGAGAAGCUGAGGGGAUGGCUACAAAGCCAUGUGUCUGAAGCUGUCGCUCGGUCCACUCGGAUCAUCUAUGGAGAUUCAGUCACUGGUGGCACCUGCAAGGAACUGGCCUCCCAGCAUGACAGACUGCUUCCUCGUUGACAGCGCCUCCCUCAAGCCUGAAUUCCUGGACAU